AUGAAUAAUUAAUUUUUACCUGAUGAUGAUGACCCAUAACUUAAAGAAGAAAGGAAGAACUUGUACAAAAUAUUUGGAAAAGAAACUUCUUUAGGUAAAGAACUUUUUGGUUUAUAUAAUGCACAUGAAAAACCUAAAAUUAAUUAUCCUAAACCUAAAUAAAAAACUUAAGACUAGUUAGAUUCUGAAAAACUUAAAACCUAAAAAUCAUGUCCUUAAAAAACUGUUAUAGAAUAUCCAAAAGAAGAACCAAAAUUAAAAUAAUAAUAUUAUCCAAUUGAUUUUAUUCAAAAAAGAAAACCAGAAGCUGAAAUUAGAAAGGAAAUCGAUAAAUAUUAUGAAGGUAGAAAAUUUUUUAGGCCAGCAAUCUAAGGAUAAGAUAGAAAAAAAUUAAUUGAAUAAUUAUAACGAGUAUUUAAAUAUAAAAGAGGAGCAUUACCUAAAGGAGCUGAAUUACCUGAAAUCAAUAUUAAAAAUAGUGAUGCUUUUCUUAAAGAUUCUGAAACCACAUCUAAUGCUAUCAAAAAAAUGCAUAAAAAAGAUCUAUAUUUCACAGGAUUAAAAUCUGACAAUUAAUCUGAUGCAACAACUUUAUAAGGAGAUCCUUAAAUUGAAUUGGAAGUACUUUUCUCAUCAAUCAUGAAAGAAAUUGAAGAAAGGCAAGAAUUUCUUUCAGAAAUUGAACAUUUAAAUGAACCUAAAUUAAAAUAAAGAAUCAAAGAUGAAAUUAUUGAAAGGGUUGCGGAAUUAUAAAAAGUUUAAGAUUUAAGAAGACACUAUUGCAAUUGA